AUUCUUGUCACUUCUCCGAUUUCUCCAGUCCUUGCUUCUGUUCGAAUAUUAAUUAUAUCGCGUUAUUUUUGCGUGAUAGUGCUUUGUGUUUAUAAGUUAAUAAACUCAAAAGUUAUCUUCUAACCUUUUGUUGUUUAAUAGUUGUGUCGGAGAUAAACACUCACAAAAUGAAUCCUUACCAAGGCCAACCGAAUUAUCUGCACAAUAUCGGAUUUGCCAACAAUGCGCCGCAAUCGUUCGGAAACCCUAUGCCCAUGCCGGGAUUCCCCGCGACCGGCUAUCCGGCGCCUCAACCGGGCUAUCCGCAAGCGCCAUCCGGCUAUCCCACCCAGCCGCAAGGAUAUCCUCAGUCACAGGGCUAUCCCCAAUCUAACACGGGCUACCCCAAUCAGGGUUAUCCGAGCUCAGGUUACCCCGCUCAACCAUAUCCUGCUCAAAGUGCCGCUCAAGCUUACCCCAAUCCCGGUACACCUGCUCAAGGCUACCCCGGUCAGACUGCCCAAACGGGUUAUCCAUCUGCCCAAGGAUACCCGCAGGCAGCUCCACAGUCCAGCUAUCCACAAUCCAACCAAUAUCAGGGAUACCCGGCUAGCACUCAAAGCUAUCAAGCAUCAAGCCAAGUAGAUCAUGUCACAAAGUCAAAACCAACCGUGGUGCCAGUGAACCCGUUCGACCCGAGGAAGGAUGCGGAGAUUCUCCGCAAGGCGAUGAAAGGUUUCGGCACCGAUGAGAAGGCCAUCAUCCAGGUGCUGACCAGACGCAGCAAUGAACAGCGACUGCGCAUCGCGUUCGAGUUCAAAACUCUGUAUGGAAAGGACCUAGUAUCAGACCUGAAGAGCGAGACGAGCGGUAAGUUCGAGGACCUGCUGGUGGCUCUAAUGACGCCGCUGCCGCAGUUCUACGCGAAGGAGCUGCACGACGCCAUCUCCGGAAUCGGCACGGAUGAGGACGUGCUCAUCGAGGUCAUGUGCACCAUGUCCAACCACGAGAUACACGUCAUCAAGCAGGCAUACACCGCCAUAUACGGAACCCUGCUGGAGGACGAUCUGCGCGGCGACACAUCCGGCAACUUCAAGAGGCUCAUGACGUCGCUGUGCAUGGGUAACAGAUCUGAAGAUUUCCACAUAGACCAGAAUAAAGCGAGAGAAGAUGCAAGGAGUCUGUUACAAGCAGGCGAGCUGCGGCUGGGCACGGACGAGUCGGUGUUCAACGCGGUGCUGUGCUCGCGCUCGUUCCCGCAGCUGGCGGCGGUGUUCCAGGAGUACACCUUCCUCACCGGACACGACAUCGACGACGCCAUCAAGGCCGAGUUCUCCGGCGACCUGGAGAAGGCCCUGCGCGCCAUCGUGAAAGUAGUCCGCAACAAGCCGCUGUUCUUCGCGGAGCGGCUGCACAAGUCGAUGAAGGGUCUCGGCACGAACGACCGCCAGCUCAUCCGCGUGAUGGUGACGCGCUGCGAGCUCGACCUCGGCGACAUCGCUGACACCUUCCAGGCCAAGUACGGCGAGACCCUGCAGAGCUGGAUCGAGGGUGACUGUUCGGGACACUACAAGAAAUGUCUGCUGGGUCUGCUCGGAUUGUACUAGUUUAAGUAUCUCUACGAAUGUAUCUUGAGUGUCUCACUUUACCUCAAAACUUUACAAUUUACAACGCUUUAUAUGUAAGAAACAGUGACUAGGACGAAUAUUGCUGUCCUGGUAAAACGUUAUACAGAUGCUUAUAUAUUUACUGUUUACAUAGGAAUAUAAUAUUACAUAUAUUAUUAUUAAACUUGUUAACAAGUUAUACUAUUAUACUUGAAAGUAAACUUCCAAUACUCAUAGAGUAAAAUAUUGUUUGAGAAAGACAAUUGUUAAUUUCAAAUGUUUAUAAUUUAAAACAAGUAAAUAGUUACAGAACUGUGUAAGAAAAAAUGUUAUUUGACCUCAAUAUAUGGGUCACAAAGCUUAAUAAGUUUUGAAAUUACUUACGAUCUUUACUGUCUGAAUCUCUCUGAAAUGCUUUCGAAUAUUAUUGGCAUUGUAUUGGCAAUUUGUUUUAAAUGUUUCAUUUAUGAUUGGUAACCUAAUACCGCCCAUGCUAACUAAAUUUAUUUCUUUUAUUAUGAUUCAAGUAAGUAU